AAUGGAUUUAUCAAGACUAUGCAACAAGAGUUAUCUCCUUUUGUGUAAGUGUGCGUCAUGAUCUAGAUUUAAGAAAGUUCAUCACGGAAUUUAGUUGGGCCUUUGAUUGAGCCCAGGGAUCUCCUUCUAAGUGCAUGAGGUGACCUUCCCACAUUCCAGCACCGACCGACCCACGGACGACGAUGGCGCUAUUUGGCUGGGACUGGAACGAGAUGCUGAAGGGUCUGCUGGUGUGGGCGGCUCAGAACCCGUGGCAGUUCAUCUACUACGUGCUGCUGUGUCUGUCCCCACUCUUCCUCAUCAGCGCCUACCUCGCCUGGAGCCUGGCCAAGCAGAUCGAGUCGAAGGAGAAAGACAAGAAGAAGAAGUCGAGACGUGAAGCCAACAUGGCAAAGACGAGGCGACACAAAACGGACUGAAUGUGAAGCCAACAUGGCGAAGACGAGGCGACAUAAAACGGACUGAAUGUGAAGCCAACAUGGCGAAGACGAGGCAACAUAAAACGGACUGAAUGAUCCUUGUUAUGCAGUCACUCUUAGCACGUUGUCAUUUGUAUAUAAAUAUUUAUAUAUAUACAUAUAUUCCAUUUGGACUGCACUACUGUACCAUACAUGCACGGCAGUACUACUUUACUGAACAGCACCGUGUAUGAUUAUAUAUAAAGCAAUGGUUUUGUGUUGAAGUGAACAACUGUUUGUAUGAAGAUGAUUUUGUACAUGUGGGUACCACACUGGUUGAAGUGUUGUGUCCGAUAACAGAACUCAAGUGUAUAUGAAUGUGUUCUUAUACUCAACUUAUGUUGGUGAAAAAUAAAAUCAGUUUUUUUAAUCAA